AUGGGUGUCGCGAAGAAAACGAGAAAGUUCGCACAGGUGAAGCGCGUGCUCGGCCGCCGCGACGAGCGCCUCAAGAAGCCCAGCGCCCAAACGAAGCCCAACGCCCAGACGAAGUCCAACGGCAAGCGCCCCGCGAAGAAGACAGACGAAUCCGAGAUCGUUCGACACAUCCCUCAAGUCCCAUCCGGCCUCUUCUUCCAAUCCAACCAGCAACUUGGUCCCCCGUAUCAUGUUAUCCUCGAUACCAACUUUUUUUCGCACAGUGUUCAGAGAAAACUCGAUAUUCAAGACGGUCUGAUGGAUCUGCUACUGGCAAAGUCCAUCCCCGUCGUCACAGACUGCACCAUUGCGGAACUCGAGAAGCUCGGGAAUCGAUAUAGGUUGGCGUUGCGGCUAGCAAAGGAUGAGCGGUGGAAGAGGCUCAGGUGCUCGCACUCAGGCACAUACGCCGAUCAGUGUAUCGUGGACACCGUCAUGCAGAACCGCUGCUACCUGGUGGGAACGGAUGAUAAGGAAUUGAGGCAGAGGUUGAGGAAAAUCCCCGGUGUGCCAUUGGUCGGCGUUGGGAGAGGAAAGUUCCAUAUUGAGAGAUUGCCCGAGAUUGCUGUUUGA